AUGCAACCGCAUCAAUGGGCCUGUGGAAAUUCGAAAGGGGAGUGGGAUAAAAUUUUGGUAUUAGAACCUCAUAGAUGGUAUGUGCAGCAUCUAUGA